UAUUGUGGGCAGUUUUGGGUCUAAGCAAAGCUCGUCAUCUCCAGGAAAGAUGGCUGCUCCGGGCACCACCAGCACGGCGGCUCUCGCUCCAGCCCACAGCCCCGGGUUUGCGGUGGUUUGCUCGUUUCUGGAGCGCUACGGCCCGGUUCUGGAUCUGCCCGAGCUCAGUUUCCCGCAGCUGGAGCGGUACUUACAGGACACAUCCGCGGUUCCUCGGCCACUGAUUGAGCUCCAUAUCAAACUACUGCGGAAGAUCGGAAAGUCGGUCACUCCGGACAGAUGGGAGAAGUAUCUUGUGAAGGUUUGCCAGGAAUUUAACAGCACCUGGGCAUGGGAGAUGGAGAGAAAGAGCUACCUGGAAAUGACGGUUGAGUGUAAAACUGACAUUUUAAAGUACUUGUGUGAGUGCCAGUUUGACGACAAUCUUAAGUUUAAGACGUUAAUCAAUGAGGAAGAUCCGGACACCAUGCGUCUACAGCCCAUCGGUAGAGACAAGGAAGGUCUUCUGUACUGGUUCCAGUUAGAUCAAGAACAGAAUAUACGGGUUUAUUCUGAGGAGCAGGAUGAUUUGGAUGGGUCCUCCUGGAAGUUAAUUGCGAGGAAUAGGAAUGAUCUUGCAGAUACAUUAGAACAACUUAAAGCGAAGAUUGAGCCAGCUGUGACCGACCAAGACAAGCAAGAUGCUCCCACCUGCCCAAAUAUGGAGACAGAAGGUGUUAAAGGUGAGGUUGGGGACUUGAAGAAUCAUGUACCAGGACAAGUAGACUUUACCAAAAGCACUAUAUGUUCCAAUAAAAGUGAUUCGAUAUCUAAAGAAGUUAAAAAAGAAACACCAAUGGAUCUGCUUAAAACAGAGAAAGAGAAAGUAGCUCAAAAUCUCAACCCUAGAGUGGUAAUCGACAACAGAGUUAGUACAAUCAAAACUCUUGUCAAAGCAGAACCAAGAGAUUGUCCCAAACCCUGGAAUGCCAUUUCUGUCGUAAUGCCUCCCGCUUCCAUCAAACAAGAACCAGCAAUAAAACCGGAGACGAAUGAAGACAAGAAAGAGAUGUUGUUUGACAACAUGGCUAGAACUAUAAAGAGUGACCAACAAGCUAAAAUACCCCUAAAGAAGAGGGAGUUGAAAAGAAGUGGAGGAUAUGACGUACCCAAUCACUACAGUAAUAUUAAUCACAAUAAUAACAACCUUAACAGCAAUGGUAGCAUCAGCACUGGAGGGAUAAUCGUUCGCAAUCCUGCUGUUUUGCCAUUGAAGGAGGAGCCGAUCAAAGGACAAAUCCCUAGUGAUGGGGAUAAAGGACCAAUGGGAAUCAUUACUGUCCCACAGGAGCCAAUUGGGAAGCUUGCUAUUAACCAAUACAUUGGUGUUGGAGUUAUAAAAGGUCCCAUUGAGCGAAAGAGGCCUUUGGAGGAAAAUGAUAAUUCCUCAAAGGGUCAUCAUGGGAAUGGGAAUGUCUUGACUGAAGUUGGAGGCACAGAUAGUGUAAGACAGUCUGUGCUUGUUGGGAAGUCAAUAGUUAAAGAAGACAAUGGUCCUCUUACUUGUAAUACACCUGAAGAUUUGUCAAAAGAUAGUUGCAAUAAGAGCCUAGAUAUGUCUGCAAAAAUUGUUGAGGAGUCUACAACUAUUGAAGAGAUGCAAACCACUUCAGUUGAGGAAACGAUUGAAAAAAGUGACAACAAAGAACUCAAAAACAGCAAGACAAUAGGAGAAGAAACUGAUGUUGUGGUUGAGGAUGAGGGUAAAAUCAAAGGUCUGAAAGGCACAAGAAAGAGGAGAUCUCAAAAGACCAAAUCCAAGCUACAAGCGAGAGAAAACAGCCAAAAAAUGAAGCUCUCAAUAAACAUUGGGCAAGUUUUAGAGAAGAAGACUGGAGAAGGUGAAAAAAACGGACAUAACAAUGAUGAAGAAGUAUCAUCAGAGCUUCAGAAGGAAGGUAUACGCUUGAAGAUUAAGAUUCCACUUCACAGACGAACGCCAGAACUCCAGCACAAGGACAUUGAGGAGUCAGAAACCGGAGAUCGGAGAUCCCUACGGAGAUCUGCCAGAAUUUCCAAGCCAAGCCCUAAAGUGGCUGAUAGUCGGGAUGGGAAACCAGACAGAAAACUUUCAGCAGCUCAGGAUGAAGAUGAGCACGUAGAAGACGAAAGAGCGAAAGUGCUGUCCAAGAAAGUGGACGCUCCUAAGCCUCUUAAGGGCAAACGAAGACACAGGCGCACUCGGUGGUCGAAAAUUCGUAUGAAAAAUUGCAAAUCUAAAGUGGCUCAGGAGGAGGAAACGCUCGAUGACAAACCUGAAAAUGAUGAUAAUAAAUCUGAGAAAGGAGACCACAACAGUGAGGCCGAGUCAGACCAAUCCAAUGAGUUUCCACCUGAAGACGCUUGUAAACACUGUGGCCUCGCCAACCACCCAGAACUAAUCCUGCUAUGUGACCUGUGUGACAGUGGCUAUCAUACGGCCUGUCUGAGGCCUCCGCUGAUGAUUAUUCCUGAUGGAGAAUGGUUCUGUCCACCCUGCCAGCACAAGCUUCUCUGUGAGAGGCUGGAGGAGCAGCUUCAGAAUCUGGACACUGCUUUGAAGAAGAAGGAAAGAGCUGAACGCAGACGUGAGCGGUUGGUAUAUGUGGGCAUCAGCGUGGAGAACAUUAUACCUGGCCCAGAUGGUGACGGGGAGGAUGGCUUGAUAGAGAAGAAAAAAGAUGCCAAGAAGAGUAAAAAUCUGGGACGGCGAUCGACUAGAACGAGAAAAUCCAUCAGUUAUAGAUUUGAUGAUUUUGAUGAAGCCAUUGAUGAAGCGAUAGAAGAAGACCUGCAGGAUUCAGAAGGAGGAGGUGCUGGUGGUGGUAAACCGGUGGCGAAUGUCGUGACGCAGCAGAAAAGUUCAGUGAACAGAGAGAGUCGACGGCCGGUCAAACCUGUGGCUCCCCGCAAGAAGAAGCGCCGGCGGCUCAAUGAUCUGGACAGCGACAGUACGGUGGACGAAGAGGAGAGCGAGGACGAGUUUCAGCUCAGCGAAAGCAUGGAGGAGGAUUUUGUGGUUUCGGGAGAUGGUGCGUCUGACGGUGAUGUGGGCUCGUAUGAAGGCAGUGAAUGGGGCAGUGGUGAAAGUGAAGCCGAAAACAAACCAGCAUCCCGGAGAACGGGAAAAACCACACAAACCCGGAGAAGCAGACGGAGCAAACGCAGACCUGUGGCCCGACGAAGAGGAUCCUCAGAGGAAGACCUGCUAGACUCUGAGGAAGAGGAGGAGGAGAUGGAAACAGAAGGCUCUGACUGCAGUGACACUGAUGUGGAUGUGAACAGACGGCGUCCGCAGCGGAGUCACAACUCUCAGGUCAACUACUAUGAGACGUCAGAGUCUGAAGGCUCACAGAAGCCGUCGGAUCAGAAACACUCGUCUCAUGCUCACCGCCGACGGCUGUCCAGCUCCAACAGUGAAGAAUCUGCUCUCUCUAAAGACUUUGAGCCAAAGGUGGUCCUUCAGAGAUCAGAUCGCAUACAGAAGAAGUGUGCGCCUGCGAGCGAAGACUCCAAACACAGGCACAAACUAAUAAAACAGAGACCGCAGAGGAGCUCCAGUGAAGACGAGGAAGAGGAUGGAGGAGAAACCGAGGAGUCCGAGGAGGAAGAGCGACCGAUGCGCAAAAGAUCCAACCGCAUUGAAACCGACGAAGAGGAAGAGGAAAACACACGAGGAAAUGUGAGGUGGAAGCACAUUAGGCACAAUGGCUUGGUGCCGAUGAGGGCUGCAGCUCAGGAUGAUGAUGAUGAUGAUGAUGAUGACGAGGAUGAGGAAGAGUUCACUGGAGUCACGGACCUUGUUAACUUUGUUUUCGACAGUGAACAGUUGUCAUGAUGUGCUCAGUAGCUCAAAUACAUUUAUUUUUCUCAGCCACUUUCACAGGAAUGUCCCUCAUUGGCCACCGUAAGUCUCCAGGGGUCUCAUUUGAAACGUAUUUGCGUAGAAACCUUCCUACAAAGUGAACAUGGGGCAGAACAGAUUUUAAUGUAUUUAUUAAUAAUGAUUAUGGCUCAUAUUUAGUGGCUCAAUUAUACAUGACCAAUAUUUAAAUUAAAGGGAUAGUACACCCAAAAGUGAAA